AUGAGUAUGACUAACGAUGUCGAAUCGAACAGUACGGCCAUCGUCGAAGCAAAAUCGAUCGAAAAAAUCGAUGAUUCCCAUGAAAUUGAACCAACCACCGAAGAGUUAACAACAUUGGAACAUAUUUCUGAUUAUAUACCGCUUGCUGUUUGGCUUAUUGUCAUUUGUGAAUUGUGCGAACGUUUCGCCUAUUAUGGACUUUCGGGACCUUUUCAAAAUUAUAUUCAACAUCCGGCACCUGGUCCAAAUAGUACACAACCUGGUGCCCUCGGUCGUGGACAACAAAUUGCUACUGCAUUGACAACUUUUUUCAAUUCUUCUCUUAUCUCGCGCCGAUCCCGGGUGCCAUUCUAG